AUGGGUCAGAUCCAGUACUCCGAGAAGUAUUUUGAUGACACUUUUGAGUACAGGCAUGUGGUGCUUCCUCCUGAAGUCGCCAAACUUCUCCCGAAGAAUCGCCUCCUCUCUGAAAAUGAGUGGCGUGCGAUUGGAGUUCAACAGAGCCGAGGGUGGGUCCAUUAUGCGAUUCAUCGCCCGGAGCCACAUAUCAUGCUGUUCAGGAGGACUUUGAACUAUCAGCAGCAACAGGAGAAUCAAGAGUGA